UCUCUCACACAGUUGAGCGUUUCCAGACAGCCGAGGGAGAACCAGAAGAGAUUCGCCAGCGUGCUCGCACUUGCUCUUGGCUAAAACCGGCACUUGCACACGGCACAAGCUGCCGGGCAUGCAAUAGGCUUCUGCGUUAUGUCCGGAAGGCUGCAUCGCUGAAGGCACUUCACACUUCACAUGAUGCCAGUACUGCACACACUGAUGCUGAGUAUAGCCUCAUAGACGAGAACGACGCUGAUGUUGCAGCCAUUGUGGCAAAAUAUCUGCCACAGAUAAACAACCAGUUUGCUGCGGGAUCAGCUACUUGAUCAAGAGCAGAACCUUGGUAGAGCCCCCAGAGGCAGAAGGUGGAAUCCUGAGGUUAUGAAGGCAUGUCUGUCGCUGUGGGCCAGCAAUCCUCGCACCUACAAGAAGCUGUCGUCACUUGGCAUGUUAGUUACACUGCCAAGUGGACGUCUACUUCAAUAUUAUAAAAACUCAGUACACCAGAAGCCUGGACCCAACAACGAUAUGUUCCGCUGGAUGUACGAGGAAGCAAACGCCAAGCAAGUGCCAUCGCAUGGCAUGACUGGAGGCAUAGUUUUCGACGAGAUGUCGAUUCAGCCUGACCUUCAGAUGAUAUACUCUGAAGAUAAAGUGAAGAUCGUCGGGCUGGUCGACAUGGGAGCUGAAUGCUCUGCUAUGCGAGUACUGAAAGAAGGUAAACAAUCAGCGCAACUCGCCACACAUGUCUUGCUGUUCAUGUUCCAAGGGGACAGUGGCUUUCGCUUCCCAUUUAUGCAUGUGCCGACGGCAGAAGCAACAGCACCAGAUAUAUACGUUCUGUUCUGGAAAGCUAUGCGUGGACUGAUUGAAUGGGGGUUCAGUGUAAACUACGCUUGCUUCGAUGGUGCCGUCCAUAACAGGUCGUUUCUGAAAAUGCAUUUCAAUAGCUCCGGUUCUGCUGCAGUGUCAGCUUCCUUCGCCACACACAAUGCCUGCUCGCCAGAUCUGCCACUUGUCAUGAUGAUGGAUCCGAAGCACCUCUUCAAGAAAAUAAGAAAUAAUAUGAUCAAAAGUGGAUUUGGAAGAAAUAGCACCAGACUACUGUUGCAUCAGGCAGGCUUUAUUACCUGGGAAAUGUGGGUGAAACCCUAUCAGUGGGACCGGGAAGCGAACCCAAGUGAGGUCUCAAGGAUACACCAUGUCCUGACGGAUGAGCACAUCUGGCCAAACAAUGGUCAGAAGAUGCGAAACAAACUGGCAGAAGACGUCCUUGACAAGGAAAUGCUUCAUCUGUUCAAAGCUUACCAGAAAGCUGAAGGUCGAAACGGAGAUUGGCUCAACAGUGCGAUACAGCUGCUGGAGGCAACCAGUGUUCUGAUUGCGAACUUCACCGACACACGUCCUAUAACAUCAGCAGAAGACGAUCGGCUCCAUUGCAAUGCGAGAGCACUGCAAUGGUUCACAUCGUGGGAGGAGGCCGUGAUGAGCGAUCUACAGGACACUGCCAUCGUGAAGCGGAAAAAGUUGAUGUCGGGGGAGACACGCUUCGACAUGAAGUCAACCAUUCUGGGCUUUGAAAGUCUUGUUCGCCAGAAACAGAAAACCCAUCCUGGCACAAGCAUAAAUGCUGCUCGAGUCAACAGCGACUCGGUCGAAAACAUCUUCUGCCAGCAGGGGGCCAAUGACAACCCCAAUUACAAGCAGUUUAUGUAUAAACACCAUCAUAUUAACCGCGGACACUGUAAACAGCAGUCGUUGCAACACUGGAGUAGCAGCAGAGCCCUUCUCAUGUCGAGUGCUGAAGCCCAUCAAUCCGAAGAAAUAGAAGAGUGA